UCCUGAUCCCAUACAAGUACGAACAUGUCAGCCAGUUUAGUUUUAACUGUUUGACCAAACGGAUUUCUAAUCCUUCCUGUUUUCCUCCGGCUUUUCCACUCCAUAAUCCCUCCGAUCUUCCCCCGCGCCAAACAGAAACAUAACCCGCCGUGACGGAGAUUGAUUCAGAAUCUCCGAUCACGUCGUCGAAACCAGCCAUAGACCUUAUCAGAAAACGUAAAAAACGUCAAAAAAUCGGCGCCUUCGAAUUCGACGGCGACACAAGUGGAAUCGAAGAAGAUGAAGUACAGAUGUGUUGAGUGCGGGUAUGGCACGAAUUCGCUCUUCGUUCAAUACUCUCCGGGCAAUAUCCGACUCAUGAAGUGCGAGAAUUGUAAAGCGGUUGCCGAUGAGUAUAUCGAAUGCGAAAUUAUGAUUAUUGUUAUUGAUUUGAUUGUGAACAAGCCAAAAGCAUAUAGACAUUUACUUUAUAACGUGCUAGGUUCACAGACUCUCAAUUUUAAGGGUUUACUCUGGAAAUUGAGUUUUGGGUUCCUUCUUUUGGAUGCUUAUAGGAGUUUAUUGAUAUGUAGAAGCAAAGAAGAAUGGAGUUCCACCAGCAUUGCUUCUUUCAUUUGGACAUGUCAAAAGGUCUUGAUGGACGUAGUUAUUGGGAACUUGAUGUUUUUUGCUACUUUUCUACUUGCCAUGAGAAUUUUUUUGAGUACUUCCAUCGGAUCCCUCAGGUACAAAGACAUUUUUCUUGCAAUCCUUGUUUCAAGCUACUUCAAGAUGUGUCUUUUUGCUAUGAUGGUCUGGGAAUUUCCAUCGUCUGUGGUUUUCAUCAUUGAUUUAUAUGUUUUGUCGUCCAACAUUGUGGCUCUCAAAGUGAUCACUGAGUCAGCUAUGAGUAGAUGUGUAUUGACCUGCUUCAGUGCACAUUUGAUGAAGUUUUUGGUCACACAGGCGCUGGAAUUAAGAACGUUAUAGUACCAAUUUCUCAUUUAUCAAUAGUUCUCUGCAAUUAAAAUGCAGUACGGUUUAUUUUUUAUUUUCUAUUUGAGGCUGCAGUAGUGAGAGUAAAUGGGUAUAAAAUGCUUGAUGUGCGAAGCGAUCACAUUAUUUAUAUCUUCUUUGUUCUUCAGAGGGCAUUUUUGCUUGUGUAAUGAAAUAUAAUCAUAGCAUAAUAUUCUCGACUUAUUGAAGGAUGUAUUUAACCUCCCAGUUUGU